AAUAACCAAACAGCCAAGAGAGUUUCUGAUGGUUGGUUUCCAUGUGAGAAACUACCCUGCACGGAAGUACAAACAGUAGAGGGAGAGUGAGAGACAAAGAGAAGAAACUUAAUUGAGAUGAGAAGCAAUUCGGCAGAACGUGAAAAACCAGGAAAUGAAGGAAUAAUAGAUCAUCAUCAUGCCAUUCAGAUUUGUGAGGUGAACAAGGAUAAGGAGGUAUUAACUUCCAUGCAACAAAAGCUCUCACAACCACCUCGGCUUCUGAAAAGUUCAGCCGGCAGCAGGUCCUGUUGCAUCUUUAGAGUCCCGCAGAGUCUCAUCGACAUCAAUGGCAAGGCCUAUCAACCUCUUAUCGUCUCAAUCGGCCCUUACCACCACGGCAAAAGCCAUCUCAGGAUGAUCGAAGAGCACAAAUGGCGCUAUCUGGGCUCGCUGCUUUCUCGAACAAAUAGUAAGGGCUUAGGCCUAGAAAACUAUCUGAGGGCAGUGAAGCCAUUAGAGCAGAGGGCGAGGGAGUGUUAUUCAGAGACUGUCAGCCUUGACAGAGAUGAGUUUGUUGAAAUGAUGGUGCUGGAUGGAGUCUUCAUCAUCGAGCUCUUUCGAAUAGUUGGGAAGUCGGUGCAACCCUCCCCCAAUGACCCUCUCUUCGCCAUGUCAUGGGUGUUUCCCUUCCUCCUCAGAGACCUACUCAGGCUUGAGAACCAGCUGCCCUUCUUUGUUCUGCAAACCCUAUUUGAUCUAUCAAAAAUGCCAGAACCAGAAGAACCAGCAGACUCCUCCCUUGUCACACUUGCCUUGUUGUUCUUCGACAACGCCUUCGAAUUCCUUGACUCUGCAGGGCCAGGACGUGAUGAAGUCAUCAAGAAGUUCAAUCAGAUCCAGGGAAAACAUCUACUUGAUUUGUUCCGUUCGAGCUUCAUCCCAGCAACCACUCAGGAAAAACCCAGAAGGGGCCCCUCAAAAACCCAAGUGAUUCAGUGCGUAACAAGGCUCCGCCGGGCAGGAAUCCGGUUCAAGUCGUCGGAGGCCGACAGCUUCCUGGAUUUAAAAUUCACGAACGGGGUGCUGACGAUGCCGAAGAUAACCGUCGAUGAUUUCAUGAGCUCGUUCAUCGUCAACUGCAUCGCUUAUGAGCAGUGCUGCAAGCACUGUAGCAAACACAUCACCACCUACGCUACUCUGAUGGACUGCCUGAUCAACACCACCAAGGACGUUGGGUAUCUCUGUGAUUAUAAUGUCAUCGAGAAUUACUUCGGAACAGAUGCAGAGCUUGCCUGUUUCUUCAAUGAUUUAGGGAAAGAUGUGUCGUUCGACAUUCAAAAUUGCUAUCUCACCCAACUGUUCGACGAUGUGAACAGCUACUACUACAACAAUUGGCAUGUGCGGUGGGCAAGCUUCAAGUACACCUAUUUUGACACUCCAUGGUCUUUCAUCUCGGCGGUGGCUGCGGUUGUGCUGCUCCUCCUAACCACGGCACAGACCUUCUACACCGUUUACCCUUAUUUCCGCCCUCCUAAGGAGUGAGACAAUGGACAGAGAAAUAGGUAUUGGGCUCUUCCAUGAAUGAACUGCAAUGUUUAAAAUGGGUUGGAAUGGAUUAAUAUCAGGAUCUUGGUCCAUGAAAUGCUUUAUGCUUUGGAAGGCUCUCUGUUUGUGACUUUGUGCUAAAUUAGAUGGAGACAGGUAGGUGACCAAGUAAGGAGGUAACACUAAUGCAUUAAACAAGGUAGGUGAGAAAACCAUCAAACAGGCUCUGUAUGUGACUCUGUGCUAAAUUAGAUGGAGACAGGUAGGUGACCAAGCAAGGAGGUAAACUGAUGCAUUCAACAAGGUAGAUGAGGAUCCAUCCCUUGCCAUUCAUUUUUUACAUUGGGUAUUUUGUAGGAUGGCAAUUUUAUGGGAAUUUUAGGGCAUUCGAUCCGUUUUGACCCUAAUAGAAUCUGUUUAUCAAAUUCUUAUAGGGUUUGGGAUGAGUUUGAGUUUUGACCUUAGAAUCCUGCUUAUCAAACCCAAUUAUAUUUAAUACAGGUUGAAAGAGGAUUCAAACCUUUGCCUUGUUUCCCAUUAUAGCCAUCUUUAACAUUGGCUUCUCACACCAUUUUGUUUUUACUUAAGAGGGUCAUCGCAUUUUCCUUUUGUGAUGUAAAAUCAGAUGCAAAGUCAAAGUAUUAGAAAAUGUAAAGAAUAUU